AUGCCUAAUUCAACUUGUUCUCUUGCAAAUUAUGACGGUGUUUUGCAAAAAUGUUCACUUUUCUCAGCAGCAAGAUGGGAGGGAAGGUUACAGCUAACUGUUAUAAGUAAAAGGAACACAGUAAUCAUCUUUACUCAGGCAUAUCCUACUAAUACGACGCUAUCAUAUACUACGACGACAAUGCCAUUUACAACUAUGAAUGUUUCAUGUAUGCCAUCAUCUGCACGUAUUGCUACAUAUACAACAUCACCGACUACUUAUCAAAGGCAAAUGUACAACUACACAGCGAUAUCUACUGGAAUUGUUCUUCUUGAGUUUGGUUUCAAGGCUAAGAAUCCAUCCUUUACUUGGCAUCUCGAUGAUGUUAGUGUUAUUGAUAUAAAUGCAUCCGGUAUUGAAAUGUUACUCAACGGAAAUUUUGAAGCAGCUUCAUUAGUUGGUUGGCAAAUAGCAUGUAGUAGUCAAAGUUGUCUUUCUGGCAAACAAAGCAGUCUCGUUCAAACUAAUUGUCACAAUAGUUCCAACUGUUACGAAGGGGCAUGUCAAGGAAAUUAUGAUUAUUUACAUCAAUAUUUUAAUGUUACAAUCGGACAUAUCUACACUCUAAGUUUCUGGUUGUAUACCGAUGGAGACGUAAAACAGGAAGCCUAUGUUAAUAUUAGUUGA